AUGUCUUAUCCAGUCUCACCAAGAGAGUUGAAAUCUCUCAUCGCAGCCGAAUUACAUCAAGGUCUCACGCAGUCAGCUAUCCUCCAGCACUGGAUGAAGAGAUCUGGGAGCGGAAUCCCGCUUGGCAGUGCCGCUGCAGCCGCAGCACUCCAAGACGCUAUUAUCGUGGCCUCUGAUGCCGAGUGGUACGAGCACGAUGACCAUUUCAUCACGGAACUCGGAAUAUCUGUUCUCGAUCCGCGUUCCGUGCCACAACCAUUUUCCUCAUCACCAUGGAGUAUUCUCCCCAGCAUGGAGAACUACCACGUGCGCAUCAAACCACACGCACAUCUCACCAACAAAGACCUCUGCGAAGGGCAUCCAGAUGCCUUUCAAUUCGGCAGCACGACCUUUGUCAGUGUGAAAGAAGCGAAAGAAAUGCUGCGCAGCAUUUUCACUCGCCGAGACAUAUACGGUAACCUACGUCCAAUAAUCUUCGUCGGCCACGCCGUGUCAAACGACUACGAAGUCAUAAAAUCGCGCUUUGGUCUCGACCUUGAAGAAAUCGGCACCAUCGUCGCAACAAUCGACACACAAGUGCUGGCCGUAGAGCACGGCCUCGUAAACCCAUCCCGCAAAAUCCGCCUUGCACAUCUCCUCGCCGAAUACGACAUCAAAGAACCAUACCUUCACAACGCCGGCAACGACAUCGUAUGCACCAUGAUCGCCGCCUUCCUAAUGCUUUGUCCUCCAACCCAAACCCCGCUCAACAAACUCCACUACGUGGACCUCAAAGCGCAACUCCGCGACGCGGGCCAAACCGCCAUCAAAGAAGGUCGCGGCUACGGCGUCACGCGUUUCUGGUGGAUCGAAGCGCUCGAGUAG